CGCAAGACGCCGAGAGUGAGUCUCGGCAUACAGACACCUAUACACGUCCUUGAUUUGAACUUCACAAUUAACGGCGCUCUGGUAAUAACAAUGUCACACACAGAUUUGUGUGAUGUGGAUGCCACCUCUAGUGGGGUCUCUCUUGAAACCACCAUUACCAACUUGCCGGAUGCAGUGAUGAGCGAUAUCUUCCAGUAUUUGUACUGGAAGGAAAAGAUAUUGGCAGUGGAAGCCUUCCCUGCAUGGAACAGAAUUCUCGACUCUUCUUUAGGCUGGAAGCAUUUUGAAAAUGACCGCGACUAUGCAGACUCCUUCGAUGCUCUCAAGUCCACCAACUACUUAUCUGAAGAAAUCACAUGUAUUGCACAGUAUGGACAGUUCUUCACCCAUGCUGUUAUAUGGCUAGACGACAUUCUACACUUGAUCAAUCUGGCUGAGGAAACUGACUUUGCUCUGCUAGGGGCUUUAGAGACACACAGUUUUCGUCUAAAGUCACUGGUCAUCUACCACCAACCCAACUUCUACACCGCAACCCUUACCGAGUGGGUUGUGCCCUACAUCCAACUUCUGCAGAAGAUGUUCAGAUUCAGCCCCUCCCUGCAGCUCAGCCUCCGUCGCUUGCUCCUCUACACAGAGGAAGCUGGUGACCAGCUCCUUCACUUCUAUCACACUCACAAUCUGCUGCAGAAGGUUGCCUGCCUGGACUUUUGUUAUGGACUGCGUAUGGCAACUUCAGUGCGUCCUAUAAACUAUCUGGUCUACUGCACGUCGCUACGUGUGCUCAGAUGCCCCAUCGAAUAUCUGGACACCCAGAUUUUGCAACAACUUGUAGAAUUCAGCCUGCAGGAGCUGUAUGUGAUCAAUGAUGAGUUUACCCUUCGUCUGAAUUAUGUUGAGAAAUCAACCAUUGAAUGGCAUGCCCUGCAACUCAUACCUGGGCGGAACCUAAAGGCAGGUUUCCACACUGGUCUUAAUCAAAUUCUUGUUUUUACAAAUCUUCCUAACUUCUUUGUCAGAUUUUAA